AUGAAGAACCUCGCCGCUCUUAAAAGUCUCACAUUGCUAGUGUGCAAUGGCCUGGAGAUAUUACCAGAAUGGUUGGGACAGUUGAAUUCUCUAGAAGAAAUUUCAAUUGGCAGUUGCGCCAAUCUGACAUCUUUGCCUGAAAGCAUGAACCUCGCCGCUGUUAGAAAAUUGAUGUUGAUAGAGUGCAAAGGUCUGGUAACAUUACCGGGAUUGUUGGGACAGUUGACUUCUCUAGAAGAAAUUUUAAUUGGCGAUUGCCCCAACCUGACAUGUUUGCCUGAAAGCAUACGGAGUCUCUCUGCUUUGAAGCUACUCAAAAUUGUUUGGUGUCCAAGGCUAAUUGUGAGGUUCCAUAGGGAGGAUGCCUACAAGAUUCGUCACAUCCCCAUUGGUCUCUUAUGA